AUGGCGGAAGCAGCAGUCCCCAAGGGCGUUGCAAAGGACGCUGUUACUGCGACCAUCGAUUUGCUCAAACCGCAGGAGUCACAGGACAAGACCCUCAAGAUUGAGAACACGGAAAAGCGGGACACUUUGAUCGAGGCCGAGAAGAAGUACCAGAAGUUGUGGGAAGAGCAGGGAGUUUUCCAGCCUGAUGCGCCGACCCUCGAGGAAGUGCCUUUUGACAUCAACCCGGAGGAAUUGCGCGCAAAGCACCCGAAAUGGUUCGGUAACUUCGCCUACCCGUACAUGAACGGAACCCUGCACGCCGGCCAUGGUUUCACUGCAUCGAAAGUCGAGUUCACAGCUGGUUUCCAAAGGAUGAACGGCAAGCGGACUCUGUUCCCCCUCGGCUACCACGUGACUGGUAUGCCCAUCAAGGCUUGUGCGGACAAGCUUGUCAGGGAAGUCGAGCAAUUUGGCCAGAACUUCGAGCGGUGCCCCGUCGAGGAUGUCAUGGAGGCCCAGAAGGAGCCACCUGCGCCCACACAGGCUGAGGCUAAGACUGAUCUUACAAAGUUCAAGGCCACCAAGGGAAAGGCAGCCGCUAAGACUGUCAAGACCAAGUACCAGUUCCAGAUUAUGCUGGCACAAGGUAUCCCCGUCGAGGAGAUUCACAGGUUCGCCGAUCCGUACCACUGGAUCCAGUUCUUCCCUCCUCUGGCCAAGCGCGAUCUCACAAAUUUCGGAGCCAGGAUAGAUUGGCGACGACAGUUCGUUACCACAGAUGCUAAUCCAUACUACGAUUCUUUUGUUGCAUGGCAGAUGCGCAAGCUGAAGGAGCUGGGCAAGAUCAUCUUCGCCAAGAGGUACACAAUCUACAGUCCCAAGGAUGGCCAGGCGUGUAUGGACCACGACAGGCAAUCUGGUGAGGGUGUUGGUGUUCAGGAGUACACAGCUUUGAAGAUGAAGGCAAUCACUUGGUCCGACUCAGCAAAAGCCAUCAUUGAAGGCAAGCUUCCCGAAGGCGCCAACGCAUACUUCGUCCCCGCUACCCUGAGGCCCGAGACCAUGUACGGACAGACCUCGUGUUUCGUCGGACCUUCCAUCGAGUACGGACUCUUCCACGUCAAGGAUAACGAGUACUUCGUCUGCAGUCAGCGCGCUGCACGCAACAUGAGCUAUCAGCCUGGUACACCUGGUACGUUCUCCAAAGAGGGCAAGAUCAACCAGAUCGCCAGCUUCAAGGGAAAGGACCUCGUCGGUACCAUCGUCAACGCCCCUCUAUCCGUGCACAAGGAGGUGUACAUUCUACCCAUGGAAACCGUCAAGGACACCAAGGGUACAGCAGUUGUAACCUGCGUGCCGUCUGACUCACCUGACGACUACAUCACAUCGUUUGACCUGGCCAAGAAGGCCGAGUACUAUGGCAUCCAGAAGGAGUGGGUAAAAUUCGACGACAUCCUCCCCAUCAUCGAUACCCCCACAUACGGCAACCUGUGCGCCAAAAAGCUCGUUGAGGACAUGAAGAUUCAGUCGCCCAAGGACUCCGCGAAGCUUGCUGAGGCAAAGGACAAGGCGUACAAGGAGGGCUUCUACAAGGGCACCAUGGUGUACGGUGAGCUGAAGGGCAAGUCUGUCGAGGAGGCCAAGCCUCUCGUUCGCAAGCAGCUCAUCGAUGCUGGCGACGCCUUCCCAUACGCCGAGCCCGAUGGCAAGGUCAUGAGCCGAAGCGGUGACGACUGCGUUGCUGCUCUCCUUGACCAGUGGUACAUGAACUACGGUACCGCAGAGAACGGCGGUGACGGUGAGUGGGCUGAGAAGGUCCGCGCUCAUAUCGAGAACGAGCUCAACCUCUACUACCCCGAGGCCAAGAACCAGUUCUUACGUGUCGUGGACUGGCUGGGUAAUUGGGCUUGCGCACGUUCGUACGGUCUUGGUUCCAAGGUUCCUUGGGACGAGGCUGUCAUGGUCGAGUCUCUGUCAGAUUCCACAAUUUACCAGGCUUACUACUCCUUCGCCCACCUUCUUCACAAGGACAUGUUCGGCAAGGAGCCCGGCCCUCUGAACAUCAAGCCUGAGCAGUUCACCGACGACGUCUGGGACUACGCUUUUGGCCGCCGUGAGCGCACCAACCUGCCCGAGUCAGAUAUACCCAAGGAGGCUCUUCAGACACUGAGGAGACACUUUGACUACUGGUACCCGCUUGAUAUGCGCACCAGUGGUAAGGAUCUGAUCCAGAAUCACUUGACUUUCAACCUGUACGUUCACGCCGCCAUCUUCCCCCAGGAAAACUGGCCGCGCAGCUUCCGUGUCAACGGUCAUCUGCUCCUUAACGGUGACAAGAUGAGCAAGUCGACCGGUAACUUCCUCACCAUCGCUGGUGCCGUCGAGAAGUUUGGUGCAGAUGCCACGCGUCUGGCCCUCGCUGAUGCUGGUGAUGACAUGAACGAUGCCAACUUCGAGGAGACUGUCGCCAACGCCAACAUCUUGAAGCUGUACGAGCUCCGCAAGUGGUGCGAGGAGCUGGUCCGUGAGAAGAUCACGAUUACCGAUGGCUCGAAGUACGCGGAGAUCAAGGAGAAGGAGCGCGUCAGGAACCCCGACGUCAUUCAGCGCCAGAGCGGAAGCGAGCACGUCCUCCUCGACGACCUCUUCGACAACGAGAUGAACGCUCUCGUCGCCGAGACAUACGGUCACUACUCCGCCACAAUGUACAAGGCCGCACUUAAGUCUGGUUACCACGACUUCACUUCCGCUCGUGACUUCUACCGUGAGGCUACCAAGGCUGCUGGCAUCGGCAUGCACGAGGACCUCGUCAAGAAGUUUAUCGAGCUCCAGGCCCUGAUGAUCGUCCCCAUCGCCUCUCACUGGGCUGAGCACGUCUGGCUCGAGCUCCUCAAGAAGGACGAGACUAUCCAGAAGGCGCAGUGGCCCAAGGUCCCCGAGGCCGAUGCGCGUCUCUCCGCCGCCCGCGACUUCGUCCGCACAACACAGUCGAACAUCACAUCCGCCGAGGGCGCGGCAGUCAAGCGUCUCAGCAAGGGCAAGGCCGCGAGCUUCGACCCUAAAAAGGAGAAGAAGAUCACCAUCUUCGCGGCGCAGCAGUUCCCUGCCUGGCAGCAGAAGUACAUCCAGAUGAUUCGUGACAACUACCCCAAUCUCGACAUCAAGGCCCUCAGCAAGCAGAUCGACAAAUCCGAGUCCAAGAAAGCCAUGCCCUUCAUCAACGCACUGAAGCGCCGUCUCGACAACGGCGAAUCCUCCAACGUCGUCCUGAACCGCGAGCUCGCCUUCAACGAGCUCGAUACCCUGCGCUCCAUGGUCCCCGGCCUUAAGCAGACAAUCCAGAAGUGCGUGGAUGUCGAGAUCAUCUCGGUCGCUGACGGUGGUAAGGGUGUCGUCAUCAAAGAGGAUGGCAGCAAGGGUGAGGAGAGGAGGGAGCUGCCGCCUCAGGCGGGUAGUGCGGAGCCGGGGAGUCCGAGCUUUGCGUUUGAGAACAGUGAGAGUCUGCCUGUGAGGUAG